AUGUCUGCUUCUCCUCAAAUAACCGUCACUUUGGUUGCCCUAAUUCUACUCCAAUACCUAACAGGUUCUUAUUCCACAACAUUCACAAUUGCUAACAACUGUAAAUACACAGUUUGGCCAGGAAUUUUAUCCGGUGCCGACACAACACCCUUCUCCACCACCGGCUUUGCUCUUCAACCCGGCGAGUCGAACACCCUCGCCGUACCCCCCAAGUGGUCCGGCCGUCUAUGGGGCCGAACCCUAUGCUCUCAAGAUUCCACCGGAAAAUUCUCAUGUGUUACUGGCGACUGUGCUUCCUCCACCAUAGAAUGUGUUGGAGGAAACGCUCAACCGCCAGCAACAUUAGCAGAGUUUACACUUAACGGCGCAGGUGGACUUGAUUUCUUCGACGUUAGUCUCGUUGACGGUUACAACCUCCCGUUGUUGAUCAAACCACGUGGAGCAACCGGGGGUGGAAACUGCAUGACAACAGGUUGCAUGGUGGAUUUGAACACGGCGUGUCCAACCGAGUUGAAAGUGAUGAGUAACGGAAGCAGUGUAGCGUGUAAAAGCGCGUGUGAAGCGUUUGGAGAUCUGCAAUAUUGUUGUAAUGGCGCUUACGCUACUCCAGAUACAUGCAAGCCAAGUUCGUACUCACAAUUCUUUAAGAGUGCAUGUCCACGUGCUUAUAGUUAUGCUUAUGAUGAUGGAACAAGCACUUUCGCUUGUGCUUCUGCAGAUUAUACCAUCACUUUUUGUCCCACAAUUUCGAGCAACGCUAGGAAAAUUAAUUAG